GGCGCGCGGCGGCAGAGCUGAAGCAGGUGGGUUUCAUAGGAUCCUGGAAUGGUUUGGGUUGGAAGGGACCUUCUUCCAACCCUCUGCCGUGGGCAGGGACACCUCCCACCAUCCCAGGUUGCUCCAAAACCCAUCCAACCUGGCCUUGAACACUUCCAGAGAUGAGGCAUCCUCCACUUCUCUGAUUUUGUCUCCUUUGUUCCAAACAUAGUGCAGUCAUGAGACUGGAAUUCAGGAACAAUACUGCUGAGCUGGGCCUUGGGUCCAUUGGGUUAUUGCUGCCAAGUUCCCAACAAGUGGCUCCACAGCACAGCAGAAUAAAAUUGUGGGUGAGAUUAGAAGAAAGUCUUGUGUGCCCAGGAGAGCAGGACUUGGGAAGCAGCUGGUGUGACAAGCUUGAAAGCCAGAACCCUGUCUCUGACUGCACACUAGACAUGACACCGUUUGAAGUGUAAUCCAGCAUCCAUCACUAUCCAGAAAAUGUCUUAUGGAUCCAUUGAUGGGAGUGGAUUUGGGAGCAGGAACCCAUUUGGAGGCCCUUCCAGACAAGGCUAUCAACCUCUCGCCACUCAGAUUGAUCCCAGCGAGCUGCAGGAACUUUUUCAGGAGACUUCAGCCAACGUCUUCCGAAUUAACUCCAAUGUGACCUCUCUGGAAAGAAGUCUUCGAUCCCUGGGGACCUCGAACGAUACUCAAGAGCUGCAGGAUGGACUGCAUGCCACCCAGCAGGAGACUAAUAAAACCAUCACGACUAGCACCAAAGCCAUCAAGCAGCUGUCUGAGAUUGUCAGAGGCUCAUCCAGGAAAAUAGCAGAGAAAUCCAAAUCUUUGCUUCCUACUGGGCAGAGAAGCACCAAACAGCAGAGCCCUAAGGCCCCCUUCUCUGACCUGCCUGAUGAUGAGAAGAUCUUUAAUGGAGGCGAUGGCGCGUGGCAGAACCAGGGCCAGGACCAAGCCUUGCUCUCGGAAAUCACGGAGGAGGAUUUGGAAGCCAUCCGCCAGCGGGAAGAGGCCAUCCAGCAGAUUGAGAGCGACAUGCUGGAUGUGAACCAGAUCAUCAAAGACCUGGCCUCCAUGGUGCACGAGCAAGGAGACACAAUAGAUAGCAUUGAAGCCAACAUUGAGGCCUCUUCUUCCAACGUAGAAUCAGCCAAUGAGCAGUUGGCAAAAGCAAGUCAGCACCAACUACGAGCCAGGAAGAUGAAGUGCUGCCUCCUCUCCAUCGCUUUGGCUGUUCUGCUGCUCGUUGUCAUCAUCAUCGCGGUCUCCAUCAAGCGCUGAUCUGGCUGAGCUUUGCACAGAGCCUGUGGUCACCCUGGGAAGUGGAAUGGAUUCUCAAGGCACUGCACAUUCAGGCCCCACGUCCGUGUCUGCAUUUCUGAUCACGUCAUAUUAAACCUGCUAUAACCAACAAGCACUAAUUGUAUGAAAGAAAAGCUAACUUUUAUACUGUGUUUUGGUAUCAUUGUGAAUAAUUUUGCCUAUUUCCCCCCCUCUUUUGUCAUAGGCAUAUUUUACCUUAUGUUACAGAUUUUAAUUAUGCCCCCUGUAUCUGGGGAAUUCUAUUUCUUUGCCUCCACAUUUGCUAUACAAUGUGCUGUAAGAUAAGUAGCUGUUAAUUCAUCUCUAUUGUUUGUGUUUUUAACAUGCUCCAAGAUCUCCAAUUCUGCUCUUUUAAAAAUGUGAAA